CACUGAUAUGUAUCAUUUCUAUCUAUGUAUUGUACAUAUAACAGUUGGCAGUGAUCGUGUUCUACAGAGUUCUUCUUAACUGGAAUAUACUUCCUACAUUAUGUAGACAAACCAUUUCCUAGGCUCUUAGACCAAUACUGACCUCUCGUGAACCUUCUCCUUUGUUUGUUGUGUACCUUACGUAAUUUGGUAAUUCUGAGAGUUAAUGCUGUACGGGGAUAUACCUCUAAAUGUUCUUUGUCUGAUAUAAGUACAUUUAUGGAAUCUUUAAAUCUUCAAUAGGAAAAAAGUGCAUAUACACAUAACAUGGCAGAGGGAAAUUGUGCGAAAUGUUCCAGAUUACUCCUAAUUGUUUUUAAUUUCUUAUUUUGGGUAUGUGGUGGAGGACUGUUAGGAAUAGGAUUGUGGUUACGUUUUGACAAUGACAUAUAUAGUAAACUAGAAGAUACAGUACAGUUAGAGCUAGAUUUACCAUCUGACGUUAUUUUUCCUGCUGCGUAUGUGUUAAUAGCAGCUGGUGGAUUUAUAUUUCUAACGGGUUUCUGUGGAUGCUGUGGUGCCAUAAGAGAGAGCUUUUGUAUGCUUGGAGUGUAUAUUGCAUGUUUGAUUAUUGUGAUAUUAGCAGAAUUAGCAGCAGGGAUUUAUUUAGCUAUUCAAAGAGCAGAUCUUGAAGAUAUGUUCCAUACCCACUUACUGUCAGAAGUGAGAAAUUAUACAAAAGAAAAUAAUUCUUCUAUGGAUUACAUUCAGAAACAGUUCCAGUGUUGUGGAUCAAAGAAUUAUUCAGAAUAUGAGGAAAGUAUUCAGUUCAGGAUUGGACAAGAGAGUUCGUGGGUAGUUCCAGAGAGCUGUUGUAAGUCCAAUAUCGCAAAAUGUCAAAAGGAAGCCGAACUGCGGGUUGAAUUUCCAUCUCAACUAUAUAGUGAGGGUUGUCAUACGGUGAUACUGGAUUGGUUUAUUACAAAUAGUGCUGUGUUGAUAGGAGUAGCUGGUGGUAUAGCAUGUUUUGGGAUUCUUGGAAUAAUAUUUGCUUCUAUUUUGUGCCGGAACCGGACAGAAUAUUAUGACUGGGAAUGAUAAUGGUUUACUGUGUGUUCACUGUUAAGUGUAUUUCUAUUGUGAGAAAUAUUCUUUAAAUUUUGCUGCUGCAAUAUACAUUGGGCCGAAAUUUAGUACAGCGAUAUCAAUCAUCAGCAGUAACAAUUGUUGCUAUAUAAAUGGUAUUCUAAGAGACUAUUUGUGAACACAAAAAUAUUUUGUGCAAGGCAUUAUAAUUUAAUCUUUUGAUUAUAUAUGGAACAAAAUGUUAACAUACUAAUGGAAUAUUGAUACUCAACAAGCAUUAUUCAUCGAACUUCAUGUAGUACAUUAGAUGCCUUUGUUAUCAAAACUAUACGUAAUAUUCCUAUUUGUGUAAUAUCAAUGGAAGGCAGAUGUCUUGUGUUUAGUUCAGGAUACUCUGUUAAAAAACCGAUUGUCUAUUGGAAAAUGAUUUUUUUAUUGUUUUGCUUUACACUGUUUUUGGUUAGUUUCGCCAUUACAUGUAAUCCUUCUAGUAUGCUUGGAUGGAUUUUUUCAACAUAAAUAUAACUAUUCUAUCGUGCACUUUUAUUUAAUGCUCUAAACAUUUAUGUUUUUAGUUUUGAACAUUACUAACGAAGAACACGUGUUAUUCGUUUUAUUAGUAUAUAUAAAAUGAUAAUUUAUUUCAUAAAAAUUCAUAAGAGGUCUUAUUAUUAAAAAAUUAUAUUAGGAUACUUUUCUAAUAAGGUUUUGAUUAACAAAAUAUCUUAAUAAUGUUUUUGGUCAACCUAUCUUCUUACGAAUCAAAUCCUACACAUAAAAUGCCCUUUUGAUAUCCUUAUAGAGAUUAUAUGUUAUAUAAACAGGUUAUUAGUUGAGUUUGAAUUUAAUUUUCCUAAUGAUAAAAGAAGAUGCAGGAUAUACGCCGAUGAGACAUCAACCCAGCACCGGAAAACAAAAAGUAUGAGGUGGUCAACAUAUGGUGUUCAACAAUAGGCAAGUGUGUCUAUAAUAUAAUAAGCUCAAAAUCAGCAGACCUUAAAAAUGUUUUAUAUUCAAUCGAAGGAACAUUGAAAGGUCUACUAGUUUAGGGAAUCGAGAGAUGUUUUUUUGUUAAUUUGUUGUACAUAUAUAUUUCUUUUCCUAUUCCGUAAUUUGUUUGACUGCCAACGCCUAUGACAGUUAGAAAACCAACGGUAUGAUGCAUAUAGCAUCAAUUCUCAAAAUAGAUACAUCGACUUUGUUCGGAACAGAUCGUAAAACGGUGACAUUUUACGUUUGACACCAUAACUGGUAUUUAUAAUAACCUUUAUUCCUUCACAAAUUUGCAUAAAUGUGUUUUAUUCAAGAUACAGUUUGUAGAAAGAAUUUUUGUACUGCUUUGUAGCAAUUUAUAGAUUCUCAAGUAAAUGCAGCACCCUUGGUUUCUAGAAUGGCUUUGAAUACUAUUGUUUUUUGCAACAUUUUUUAUAUACAUGUACAUAUAUCAUUUUCGUCAGAAGAUAUAUUCAUAUAGUUUUCAGGUUUGAUAUGCAAGUGAAGGCUCUGAUUUAUUUUCAAUAAAUGUUUGCAAUACGGUGUUAAAUAAAUCUUAAUUUAUGCAAA